AUUGACAAAGUCCUGAGCGUGAGCAAGAGAUUAAAUCCAUACGGGGACCAAUACAGAGAGCAUGAUUAGUAGAGCAAAUUCUGACAAAUAUCUGAAUCAAUACACAUAAACUAUGUAGCACAUGAAAAGAAAAACACAGCCGACACUAACAGCAUCGACUUUCUCAAAAAAAAAAAAACACUAACAGCAUCGACGGGUACACAUAGGAAGACUAUCAAAUCAAGGAGGUAGUAUAAACGAACAACGCGCAAAGAUGACGCAAGAAAAGCGGCCAUCUUCACCCUGAAAUCCGGCAUGGAGCGAGCCUGUGGACACGGGCGGCAGCUGCGACCUCGGCCAGCUCAGUGGCGCAUGCUACCAACGAGGAAGGCCACGGCCGGGCAGAGCACGGCGGCGAGGAGCGACGAGGAGACAGCUGCGGCACCGGACGUCGGGCUCGGCGCGGGCUCGUCGGCGGCCAGAGCGACCCCGGCGAAGGAAGACGCGGCGACGGCCGCGAUGACGACGGCGCGGAAGAUCUUGGAGUUGGAGGCCAUGAUCCUAGCUGCGAGAAAGAAAAUGUCGCAGAUGCGGUGCUCGAGCAAGAACUGCGGAGGAGGCGAGUGAGUGUGUGCGAGAUAAUGCCGGAGGAAAUCAGGGCGAAGCGCGCGUUCUUAUAGCUGAUGAAGAACAGAGGAGCUGGGGAAUGCGGUGGCCUGCAUUUUACAGUCUGGCCUCCUCCACACAGCUCACGAUCAACGGCUGGUGGGUGUAGGAGUAGGUGCCUUUGCUCCUCCCGCCCGCUGCAACUGCAAGCAAAGCACUCUGCGUUCUGCGACUAGUGAGUUGGAGUAACGGGCGAGCUCAGCCGCCUCGAGAAUCUUCCGUGACAGCAGCGCGGCAUGGCCCCCAAGCCCAGAUUACAGCGGAAAUGCGGUGCAAUGUUCCGCGGAUCGGGAUCGGAUGUGUUGAUCGGGUGACAAGCCCUGGAAGCGAGCAGCCGGCGCAAUCAUUCGUCGAUCCCGGGACAACGCCGCGUCAGGAGAAGGAGAACCAUCAUCAGAAAGAAAGAGGAGCAUAUCAGGACGUCAGCUUAC